CUGGCCUAGAUCGUGCCCAGGAGGCGAGGGGGCCGGGCGGGGCACCUAACGCACGUGCCCAGGCAGACACGCGCACCAGAGCUGCGUGUCAGGUUGCAAAUCCCGUACGCAGUAGCUCCUCUUCCCUCCCCUCCGCUUUCCACGCUUUGACGUGCGAGACGGCGGUGGGGCUUGGGGCGUGAAGAUGGCAGCGCUGGCCGAGCCUCUGGGGCUGGAGAGGGAUGUGGCCCGGGCGGUGGAACUGCUGGAGCGACUGCAGCGCAGUGGGGAGGUGCCCCCCCAGAAACUCCAAGCCCUUCAGAGGGUGCUGCAGAGCAAAUUCUGCUCUGCCAUUCGCGAGGUGUAUGAGCAAUUGUACGACACGCUGGACAUAUCAGGAAGUCCUGAGAUCCGAGCGCACGCCACGGCUAAGGCAACGGUGGCCGCCUUUGCCGCGAGCGAGGGCCACGCGCACCCCCGCGUGGUGGAGCUGCCCAAGACAGAUGAAGGCCUGGGCUUCAACAUCAUGGGGGGCAAGGAGCAGAACUCUCCCAUCUACAUUUCCCGCAUCAUCCCAGGAGGUGUGGCUGAUCGCCACGGAGGGCUCAAGCGAGGAGAUCAGUUGCUGUCGGUUAACGGCGUGAGUGUGGAGGGUGAGCAACAUGAACGGGCGGUGGAGCUUCUGAAAGCCGCACAGGGCACCGUGAAGCUGGUGGUGCGCUACACGCCCAAAGUACUUGAAGAGAUGGAGGCACGCUUUGAGAAGAUGCGGACGGCGCGGCGCCGGCAGCAGCACAACAGCUACUCAUCCCUGGAGUCACGAGGAUAAUUCGCUUCGUAAUCUGGUUGCUUGGGCUGCCCGGCCUGUGACUCUUCCUUCCCCACCCUCCCCUCCCUUCCGCAAUGGUUUUAUCUGUAUAGCAGGAGACAUAUUUAUCUACCUUCCUCCCCCUUGUUUGGGAGGUGGGCUUUUAUGUACAGUAUUUAUUCUCCACAUUCCUCUUAUUUAAAGAUGUUCUAUGUGAGUGACUUGUGUGUCUGUGCGAGUCCGUACCAUUGGUGAAACUGGAGAGAGCACCACAAAAUUGCCCAAGAGGACUGCCCUCACCCGUGACGUACAGGGUAUUGAAAGAGGAAAAUGGGGACAGCCUUGCAUGAAACGCCUUCCGCUCUAGAACCAGGCUUCAUCUCCACUGUGGGUGUGAGGGAUCCCUGUUUAACCAGCCCCCUUCCCCACCCUAGAGGGUUGCUACACAUUUGGCCCAGGAAGAGGGUAAACGUAAUAAACAAGCAGCCCUGAUGGGAAGGAGCCAGGGCAAGGUAAUAAUGGAUAAAGCGUUGGGAUUUUGACUUCGAUUCAAAUCUUAUCAUAUUAUUCUCUCUCUGCCUCACCUACCUCACAGGGUUGUUGUGAGGAUAAAAUAGUGAAGACCAUUGUAUAGUGACCCGAGUUUUUUGGAGGAAAGGUGGGAUAUCGUCAU